CUAUUUGGGUCAAACCCAGCUGCCAGCUGUGACACUUGGGGACGGCCACUCCUGGAUGUCCCAGCCCUUCCCUCGGCCAGCUGCAGCGAGGCACCGUCCCAGAGCAGGAAAAAAGCGAUUCCAAGCCCCCGAGGGAGGAUGUGGGCUUACACCGUGGGCUUCACUGUCCUGCCCCACGUCGGAGGAUUCCUUGGCUGGUUCCUGAACAGGAAGGAAAUCCCAGCGUGGUACGAGAAGCUGAAAAAACCUUCCUGGUGCCCGUCCCGCAGAGUGUUCCCCGUGGCCUGGACCAUGCUGUACACGGGCAUGGGCUACGCCUCCUACCUGGUGUGGAGCGACCUGGGUGGCUGCAGCAGCAAGGCCAUCGUCCCCCUGGGGCUCUACGGGGCUCAGCUGCUGCUCAACUGGGCAUGGCCACCCUUGUUCUUCGGUGCCCGCAACCUGAGCAUGUGGCCACAGCUCGGUCCCAGUGUCCUGGGGAAGAUGGCAGAGAAGCAGGAGGAACCCAGCAAUGCCCAGAACGGGGAACCCGACAACACCGAGGAGGGCGAGGGGAAGAAGAAGAAGGUGAAGAGGGAGGACCUGCCACCCUUUGAGAUUGUGACAGGGGAACGCCUGCCAGCCAUCUUCUUCAAAUUCCAGUUCAGGAACGUGGAGUACAGCUCGGGCAGGAACAAAACCUUCCUGUGCUACGUGGUGGAGACGCAGGGCAAGGAGCCGGUGACCAGCCGGGGCUACCUGGAGGACGAGCACGCGGCCGCCCACGCCGAGAUGGCUUUCUUCAACACCAUCCUGCCCACGUGCCAGGCUGGUGCCCGCCACGACGUCACCUGGUACGUGUCCUCCAGCCCCUGCGUCACCUGCGCCCAGAGGAUCUGUGAGGCCCUGCGCAAGAACAAGGGGCUGCGCCUCACCAUCAUGGUGGGCAGGCUCUUCAUGUGGGAAGAGCCCGAGAUGCAGGCGGCCCUCCGGAGCAUGAAGGAGGCCGGCUGCAAGCUGAGGAUUAUGAAGCCUCAAGACUUUGAGUAUGUCUGGAAGAACUUUGUGGAGCAGGAGGAAGGGGAGGAGGCCAAGUCCUUUGUGCCCUGGGAGGAUAUUCAGGAGAACUUCCAGUACUAUGAGGAGAAGCUGGCGGAGAUCUUGCACUGAGGCUCAGGAUCAGAAAGGAUCCAUGAAGAGAUGUGACAGACCUGGACCCCUAGGACAGUCCUGCUUCCCAAAGCUUUGAUUCCAGCAGGAUGGAGAACCAGCCUCUGGGAGACAAGGCCCUGUGGGACUCCAAACACACACACACACACAAACAGACCUCUGGUGUUUGGGAUUUUUUGGGUGUUUUUUGUUCCUCCCCCUCCCUGCCCCAACCAAACCCAUGCUGUGGUGAAAGGGAUGGUAAUGAUCCACAGGCAGGCUGUGGGAUCAUAUUCUGGGAAUAUUUCAUGGGAAGAGACCUUAGAACAAAGCUGCUGGUUAGAUAAAUGCAUUAGAAAGGGGAAAAGAAAGGGAUUUAAGGUGAAAAAGAAGUUUUCUCCCUCUGUUCUCCUCAAUAGUCAAGAGCUGUGAUUAAAUUUUGGGGCAACAGCUCUCUUCCAAAUCAUGAUGGAGCCCAAGAACUUGAUACCAAACAAUGUUGUCUGGGAUAUAAACCUGGGAAAAGCAGAGUGAAAUAAAAUGGGAAGCCACUGCAAAAGCCAAAA